UAAAGAUUAAUACAUGAUUUCAGAUUUAACGAUUAUUGAUUGAAAUGGCGUACAGAAAGCGACCACAAGAUCUUGAUAAAAUGACUUCACUUCGUGUGGGAAAUCUUCCCUUCAAGGCUACCGGAGAAGAUCUCCGCCCAUUGUUUGAGAAGUACGGGGAUGUUGGGGAUGUAUUCCUGCCGACUGAGAGAGAGACUGGAAGAUCCAGGGGGUUUGCAUUCGUCAGAUAUUACGAGAAGAGAGACGCGGAGGAUGCAAUUGAUGCACUGGACGGGCGAACUUAUGAUGGUCGUGAUCUAAGGAUUUCUAUAGAUACCGGAAGACCUGCAGGAUACGGCAACAAUAGAGGUGGACGAGAUGGUGGUAGAGACGGGUAUAGAGGCGGAUACAGGGGCGGAAACCGUGACGGAGAUAGAAGGCGUAGGAGCAGGUCCGGAGACAGAUCUAGAGGCGGAGGCAGGAGGGAUAGAUCAAGGAGCCUAUCCAGAGCUCGUGGAAAGGGUCGAGCAAAUAGAGAUUCAAGAUCCCGCAGCAGAUCAUAGGUCUUCUGAGAGGCAUUAAACCAAGAAGAACUUAAUAUUGUAUUAUCAAUCCAUUUAAUUGUUGUAAAAUUUACUGGAAAAAGUGCGUAUAUAUUCAAAAUUUGAAAAAAAAACGCGGGAAUGAAGAAAUGAAUAUUUGCAGAAAA